AUGACCAAACCCAACACACCCUUCAUACGACCAUGCCAGCAAUCUUACCGAUCCCUACGAGACCAGAGAUUGAAGACGGUCGCAGCCAUAUAUGCUACUCCAACCCACAUAGCGAUCAAGUUGGAUUUCAAUCGCUUCCAGUCUGAUCCCAAGCACCCACCGGCAGGGGAUCCCAAGCCUUUCAAUAGUUUCGACCAUCAUACCUUCGAUUUUAAACCACCUUCAUCAGCCAACCGGUAUAAUUCUCCCUGGUCGCCUGGAUCUCUAUUUAGCUCUCCCUCGGGCAAGGUCAAGAGCUCUUUCAGAUGGAUCCCCAAUCUUAUACAAUGGCUCCGUAAAACUGUAGGAAUAGAUUCAUUGCCUGUACAUCAACCUUUGAUCUAUCAAGUCUACUGUGAUAGCUAUAUAAGUACCGGACAUCUUUGGGAUGUAUAUCGAGGAACCAUCACAAGCACCGAAACGGAUCCAAACCAAGAGGUCAAAGUGGUAUCGCGAAAAGUCGUGAUAAAACUUACGAAUCCUAAUGAAUUUCCAUUGACCAGUCCCUCAACGUUACCUUGGAACCCUUAUGGUUGGACCGCCUAUAAACACACCACAGGUUCAGCCCAGAAAGCCGUUCUGAACGAAGAUCAUAUAUACCGUCAUGUACUGGUAUCUGAGCAAGGAUCAGGCGUACCAUUGUAUUUCGGUAGUUUCGCUUGGUUCCCUGUCGGUCGUGCUAGGAACUCACCUCAAGUGAUCAUGCAAAUAUUAGAGGAUGUGGGUGAGCUGUUAUAUCCUGAUAAAUUACGAAUCUCACUGGAACCUGCCUUUAUCCGGCAAAAGAUUUACGAUCUGUACUAA